CGAUGAUUGUCUCUGUGCUGCUGUUGGGCAUCAUCAUAGUCUUCCUCAUCAUACAUCUUAAGUCUCGACGACCCAAGAACUUCCCUCCUGGACCUAUCGUGCUGCCAUUUUUGGGAAACAUGCACAAUCUGUUCUCAAGUAACCCUUUGAAUGACAUAGAGAAGUUGAGGAGAACUUAUGGAAACAUCUACAGCCUGUACAUGGGGCCCAAAGCUGCUGUGGUGGUGAGUGGGACCCAGACUCUGAAGGAGGCUCUAGUUAACAAAGCUGUGGACUUUGCCGGACGACCUCAGGACACGUUCAUGACCAAUAUCACUGAGAGGAGAGGUGUACUUCUUGCUGACUACGGUCCGUCCUGGAAGGAGCAUCGUCGCUUUGCAAUAAUGACCAUGAGGAACUUUGGUUUGGGCAAACAGUCAAUGGAGCAGAGGAUUCUGGGAGAACUACAGUACACCAUUGAUCAUCUGGAGAAGAAUAGUGGAAAAAUUCUGAGCCCCGAAAUCAUGUUUCAUACAGUCGCCUCAAAUGUGGUCUGCCAAGUUCUGUUCAAUAGACGAUAUGAGCAUAAUGAGGAGUUUAUUAUAACACUUGUGAACUCUUUCUGUGAGAUUACCAAAAUGGCCAACGGACCCUGGGCUUUGCUUCAUGACAGUUUCCAUUGGGUUCGCAGCUUGCCAUUGCCCUUUACUAAAGCGUUUGAUGCAAUGCAGAGAGUAAAAAACAUGACUAUCCCAGUGAUUGAGGAACACAAGAAGACCAGAGUGCCAGGAGAACCUCGGGACUUUGUGGACAGCUAUCUGGAUGAACUGGAGAAGAGAUGCAAUGACAAUUCUUCAUUUUCCUCUGAGGAACUGCUGAUGUACUGCCUGCUCCUAUAUGUGGGAGGGACAGACACUACAUCCAAUACAUUGCUGUUUGGCUUCCUCUACCUCAUGGCCAGACCACAUAUUCAGGAACGCUGUCAGCAGGAGAUAGACCGAGUCCUCGAGGGGAAGGACUUAGUCACAUUUGAAGACAGACACAACAUGCCUUAUGUCCAGGCAGUUAUUCACGAAGUUCAGAGAACUGCCAACACUGUUCCUCUCGGCCCAUUCCAUUCAACCACCAGAGACACAGAGCUUAUGGGCUACUCUAUUCCUAAAGGCACUAUUGUCAUCCCCAACCUGUCGUCAGCGCUCAGUGAGGAGGGACAGUGGAAGUUUCCUCAUGAAUUCAACCCUGAAAAUUUUCUCAACCACAAGGGAGAGUUUGUCAAACCAGAUGCCUUCCUGCCCUUCUCUGCUGGUCUUCGAGUGUGUUUGGGAGAAGGCCUGGCCCGUAUGGAGCUCUUCCUCAUCAUGGUGACUCUUCUGAGGAAGUUUAGGUUCAUUUGGCCUGAGGAUGCAGGAGAGCCUGACUUUACUCCAGUGUUUGGCAUCACCAUGACGCCAAAACCAUACAACAUGAAACUCCUCUCUCCAAUCUCUCCUCUAUCUCCUGUCACGAUGAUUGUCUCUGUGCUGCUGUUGGGCAUCAUCAUAGUCUUCCUCAUCAUACAUCUUAAGACUCAACGACCCAAGAACUUCCCUCCUGGACCUAUCGUGCUGCCAUUUUCCGGGAACAUGCACAAUCUGAGACCUAGUAACCCUUUGGAUGACAUAGAGAAGUUGAGGAAGACUUAUGGGAACAUCUACAGCCUGUACAUGGGGCCCAGAGCUGCUGUGGUGGUGAGUGGGACCCAGGCUCUGAAGGAGGCUCUAGUUAACAAGGCUGUGGACUUUGCCGGACGACCUCAGGACAUGUUCAUGAACGACGUCGUAGAGAGAAGAGGGGUGAUUUUGGCUGACUAUGGUCCCGCCUGGAAGGAGCAUCGUCGCUUUGCUUUAACCACCAUGAGGAACUUUGGAAUGGGCAAACAGUCAAUGGAGGAGAGGAUUCUGGGAGAACUAGAGUACACCAUAGAUUUUCUGGAGAAGAAUACUGGUAAAACUAUAAGCCCUAACGUAAUGUUCCAUAGUAUUUCCUCCAAUGUGGUGUCCCUGGUUUUGUUCAGCACACGAUAUGAGCAUAACGAUACAUUCAUGAUUAAACUUGUGAACUGCUUUGAUGAUGUAAACAAAACUUUAAAUGGACCCUGGGCUUUUCUGUAUGAUUCUUUUCACUGGGUGCGGUACUUGCCAUUACCAUUCACCAGAGCUUUUAAGGCAAGACAGAGAGUUAAAGAUAUUUUAAUUCCGAUUAUAAAUGAACACAAGAAGAACAGAGUGCCAGGCGAACCACAGGACUUGGUCGACUGCUAUUUGGAUGAGCUGGAGAAGAGAGGCGAUGAUGGCUCUUCGUUUUGUCCAGAGGAACUGUUUAUGUUUUGUCUCAGUCUUUAUGGAGCAGGGACGGACACCGUAUCCAGCACGCUGCUCACUGGGUUCCUCUACCUCAUGACCAAGCCUCACAUCCAGGAACGCUGUCAGCAAGAGAUAGACCAAGUGCUGGAGGGAAAGGACUUAGUAACUUUUGAAGAAAGACACAACAUGCCUUAUGUUCAGGCUGUAAUUCAUGAAAUUCAGAGGAUUGCCAACAUUGUCCCCCUUAGUGUUUUCCAUGCCACCACCAAAGACACACAGCUCAUGGGUUACUCCAUUCCUAAAGGCACUAUUAUCAUCCCCAACCUGUCGUCAGCGCUUAGUGAGGAAGGACAGUGGAAGUUUCCUCAUGAAUUCAACCCUGAAAACUUCCUUAACCACAAGGGGGAGUUUGUCAAACCAGAUGCCUUCCUGCCCUUCUCUGCUGGUCCUCGAGUGUGUCUGGGAGAAGGCCUGGCCCGUAUGGAGCUCUUCCUCAUCAUGGUGACUCUUCUGAGGAGGUUUAAGUUCAUUUGGCCUGAGGAUGCAGGAGAGCCUGACUAUGAGCUGGAGUUUGGAAUCACUGUGACGCCUAAACCGUACAAUAUGAAAGUGGAGCUGAGGGUUGCAGAAUAAUUGCAGUUUACUAGAUUUCCACAAGAGGGCGAUCCUGCUCCUGACACUUACGCCACGGUCCACAUUUCUAUAGACUAAUAGAGGAAACUAUAUAGAAAUCGUUGUAGAGUUAAUUGUUAUUAAAUAUAAUCUGGGUAACACUUUACAGUUACUACACUUUGAUUAUUUACAGUAAUGCUCAAAUAGUCAUAGUAAUGCGUAAAUACUUAAUAUUUAUUCAGGUUUAGAGGUUAGGGUCAGGAGUAUUAUAUAAGUAAUUAUAAUAUAAUAAAUAAUAUAAGUUGUUACUAAUUUGUUAAUUAUGA